CACAGGGACAAUGCAGGAAAGAUCCCCGCACACAUCAACAUCUGACUCUUUAAUCAGGACAGUAGAGCUGAAGGCGGACAGUUUUAAAACAACAUCUGAUGCACAUACCAGUUUUUUGUUGUUUUUUUUUUAAAGACACCACAGGAUAAAGAUCUUGUGAAGUAAUUCCCAAGUCAUGUUAUGCAAUAUUCUGUAAAUAAGUGUGAAUCUGUGAGAUAGAAAGUGCAGCAGAAGUUGUGUGAUUGAAGGGCUUCAUGUUGCAUUACAGAAUGGAAAGCUGUGUUAUUUCACCUUUAUCAGAAGAAAUAAUCCCGUAUGAUCAUGGCGGUCGACCCACAUAUGACUUCUACCAAUAUCUCAGUACUGACCCCGAAACGCUUCCAGAGAGUGGAUGGGACUACACAAGUGCUCAUGUCCAACACAGUGAGUUUGAGCCACCGCAGGAUCUUCAGUUUACUGAACUGCACCCAUCCCAAUACCGCUUUGGAGAUGUGGAGCCCUACCACCCCUCUGUAGAUCCAGGGAUGGCAACAAUUCUACCUGUAGUUCCUCCACAGUACACUUACGUCCCUCAUGCGCUGUAUCCACGGUCCCCGGUCCCCCACUGUAGCACGGAUGAUGAGGACCCUGGGGGUCGCAGUCCACCCUUUGAGGUGUCAGAAGGUGAGGAGGAUGCUGAGGGUCACCGGGGCACCUCCAGCACUCAGUCAGGAAACAAAAGGAAAGUUCGCCUCUAUCAGUUCCUCCUGGACCUUCUGCAAGAUGGAGAUAUGCGCGACUGCAUCUGGUGGGUGGACCGAGAGCGUGGUGUCUUUCAGUUCUCCUCAAAACACAAGGAGACUCUGGCCGGCCGCUGGGGCCAGCAGAAGGGCAACCGUAAGAGAAUGACCUACCAGAAGAUGGCCAGGGCGCUACGCAACUAUGGCAAGACCGGCGAGGUCAAAAAGGUAAAGAAGAAACUGACGUAUCAGUUCAGCGGUGAGGUGUUGAGGAGAGUGAGUGUGGAACGGAGGCUUUAUCAUCACUGAGAGAGGACUGAGAGCACUCGAGAUCCGGUUUAUCUUGCCCAUAACAACAUCUACUUGUCUUCUGUAAAACAGAGCACAAUUUGCUGUCAAAAUGUCAAUCUCAGGGAUUUUAAAUUGAAAUAAUACAUAUUUCGCAACAAGUGUUCAAGUGCCCUUUUGUAAUGGAAGGGUAAACAAAUAACUUCAGUGUGAGUUCGUCUACUCAGCCGAUUUAAGUUUCCCACACUUUGUUAACCAGGGUCAUGUUUAACGUUGGGUUAACUGUGGGUGAGAAAUUAAUCUGGGUAGUCGGGUUUUGACAUUUCACACUGUACUUUUUCAACCCUGGGUUAAUGUUUUUCUUGCUUAUUUGCAAGGUUAAUAAUGAUUUGGACAGAAACAGCAUGCAACAAGCACGUGACUUGUUUUAUAACUGCUUGUAGCUGUGGAAAGGUUGCCACGUGAAUUGACUAUUUAAUUAAUUAAACCCUUCAUUAUUUUAGUGACUUUAGCACAGGUAUGUGUACCUGCUUACUUCAGAUGUUGAAGCUGAGGCAGUUUAUUAGUUGU